AUGGGUGCCAUCUACAGCCGGUUCUUUACAAAACUCACUCUCCCUCCAUUCUCUUCUCUCAAUGGCAAAACCAUCCUCAUCACCGGCGGAAACACCGGUCUCGGUCGCGAAGCCGCCCGGCAUGCCCUAACCCUCGGUGCCAACGUCAUUCUAGGCGUGCGCUCUGUUUCCAAAGGCGACGAAGCAAAGAAAGAUAUCACAUCCGGGAUCGUCGCCGGCGACGCCCGAGUGCACGUAUGGCCGAUAGAUCUGGAGUCGUUCGCCAGUGUCAAGGCCUUCGCCGGCAGGGCGCGCGAAUACGUUGCCUCUGGGGGCCGGCUGGACUUUGCAAUCAUGAACGCAGGACUUGCAUCGGUUGAAUGGGCGACCACGGGAGAUGGAUGGGAACGAGGACUGCAAGUGAACGACUUAUCGACUGCGCUGCUGAGUCUGGAGUUAUUGCCGCUGCUGCUUCAAGCGAAAGAGCAAGAUCCGGCGUCGCAGCCACACUUGACGCUCCUUGCGAGUGACAUCCACAAGAAUGCACGGUUUCCUGAGCGUGACACGGACAGUAUACUGAAGUCGCUGAAUAGUCAGGAGGAGUGGAAAACGUCGCAGACGCUGGGCGGUCCGACUGAGCGCUAUGCAAUCACGAAGCUGCUCGACAUCUAUAUCACCAAGGAGCUUGCUCGGCUGGCGCCGCGAGACGAGAAUGGCGAUCCGCUUGUCAUUGUCAACUGUGUGGCCCCGGGAUUCUGCAAAUCGAACCUGCUAUCCAGGGAGGAGAAUAUCCCGCUCAUGAUCAAGAUUGUGCAGGCGAUUGUUGCGAGGACUAUCGAGGAGGGGAGCAAAACACUUGUACAUGCUGUGACGCAGGGACCAGAGACCCAUGGGCAAUGGCUCGAGGAUCAGGUUAUUAGAGACCCUGGAAACCUGGUGUCGGAUCCUGACCUGGUCGUCGCAAGGGAGAAGCUGUGGAAGGAGAUUGUUGCAGUCUUGAAGGAAGUUGACCCUGAGAUCCGUACGGAGUACUGA